AUGUCUGGAUACGAUCGAGCUCUUUCAGUAUUCAGCCCCGAUGGGCACGUCUUCCAGGUGGAGUACGCCAUGGAGGCAGUGAAGCGAGGAACUUGCGCUGUCGGUGUCAAAGGCAAGGACAUCGUCGUGCUGGGCUGCGAGAAGCGCUCGGCCCUCAAGCUCCAGGACACCCGGAUUACCCCCUCCAAGAUCGCCAUGGUGGACGACCAUGUGUGCCUCGCCUUCGCCGGACUGAACGCCGAUGCUCGCAUCCUGAUCGAUAAGGCCCGGUUAGAGGCCCAGUCGCACCGCCUGACGGUCGAGGACCCCGUCACCAUCGAGUACAUUACGAAAUACGUUGCCGGCGUGCAGCAGAGAUAUACCCAGAGCGGUGGUGUCCGGCCCUUCGGCAUUAGUACUCUGAUUAUUGGAUUCGACAAGAAUGACAAGACGCCGCGGCUGUAUCAGACGGAGCCGUCGGGGAUCUACUCUGCGUGGAAAGCCAACGCCAUCGGCCGUUCUAGCAAGACGGUCCGCGAGUUUCUCGAGCGGAAUCACCAGGAAGACAUGGACCGCGAACAGACCAUCGCGCUGACCAUCAAGUCGCUGCUGGAGGUUGUGCAGACAGGUGCCAAGAACAUCGAGGUCGCCAUCAUGUCGCCCGACAAGCGCAUCGAGAUGCUACCGGACGAGCAGAUCGAGUCGUACGUCAAGAACAUCGAGACCGAGAAGCAGGAGGAGGCGGCGAAGAAGAAGACCGGCCGCACGGGGACCGCGACGGCGGCCAUCCUGACCCGGCCCGGCGGCGGCGAGACAGCCGAGUCGACGCGGGAAUCGGCGGACUAA